UAUUUUUUCAGUACAAAAGUAUUUUUCCAGUCUCUUUACUUGUCAUUAUCCCGACAGUAAUUGUGACUUCUUUUUCUGGCUCUAGUUUGCUUUUCUUUGUCUUGUUUGUUGAUUUUUCUCGAAAAAACGAGCUUCUCUCGGACCUCUUUUUAGCUUUGUACGACUUAAAGCUUGGCAAAGAGAAUUUCCUCGUCUUCGGCAAAUCCGACGGUUCAGUGGUGUUGCUUGUAGACUUUGCGGGUGAAGCUACAGCAAUGGCAAAAACCAGCCGCCAAAGGUGCCGCCAUAUUUACAUGUGCUCCAAGGAUGCUCGCAAUAACCUCUGAGUUCCCAUUCCCCACUUGAACUGGAAAAAUAUUCUUGUACUAGAAUAAAUAGUUUUGUACUGGGAUCAAUAGUUUUGUACUGGGAAAAAUAUUAUUGUACUGGGAAAAACAUUUUUGAACUGGGAAAAUAUUUUUGUACUGGGAAAAAUAUUUUUGUACUGACCCAUGUCGCUAAAAUGUAAGAAUUUGCGAUAAAAUGUUCCUCGUCUGUGAAAAACUCUGUAUGCCGUGGCUUGUGGGUAUAAAUUGUUCUCCUUGGGCUCCAGUUUACUCGCGUCCUCGCUUUGCUGCGCUAAUUCGUGUUACAGCGCGAAAAUAAAGCUCAUAUCUACGCACCGCCGAGAAAUCUUCUUAACGUCGAUAUAACGACAGUUCAAACAAAAAAUUUCGAGGAAAUGGACAUUGGUUACAAGAGAGGAUAUCACUGUUGAAGGGUUGAAUUUUUCUCAAAUUUCGUAUGAAGUCGGAAAUCGUCGGGUAGCAAUCGGUGGCUGAAUGAGCGACUCUGUACAAGUCACGUGACUUUGUUUGAGUAACCGCGGUACAACAAAUCUUCACGCAUCCAAAGAUGUCGCUGUUCAAAGCGAGAGAUUGGUGGGCUACUUAUGCAGGAAGCGACGAAGAAUUCGAUCUAGGAUGCUUGUGUGUGGCAAAUAUCGACAACAAUGGCUUGCAGAUAGAUAAAAUUAUAGUUGGAAGCUAUCAUGGAAUCCUACGAAUUUAUUGCCCCAAGCCACCUCAUUUUAAACCAGAUGAUCUUAUGUUGGAGGUACAGCUACAGCAGCCAAUUUUGCAAGUGGAAGCUGGCAAAUUUGUUUCAGGGGUGGAUCAAUUACACUUGGCAGUUCUUCAUCCGAGAAAGCUUGCUGUUUAUAGUGUGUCAGUUGUUUCAGGAGCUGUCGAACAUGGAAAUCAUUACACUCUGAAGAUGAUGUAUGAACAUAUUUUGGAAAGAACAGCCUAUAAAAUGACAUAUGGUCCUUUUGGAAGUGUCAAAAACAAGGACUUCAUAUGUAUCCAGUCCAUGGAUGGAAUGUUGUCUUUCUUUGAACAAGAGAGUUUUGCCUUUGGGAGAUUUCUCCCAGGUUUUCUUUUGCCCGGUGCCCUGAGUUAUGUUGCAAAGACAGACUCAUUUGUAAUUUGUAGCUCAUCAAGGCUGAUUGAAUCUUACAAAUACCAGACUCUUGCGGUGGCAACAGAUGCUAACACAAAAGAGGAUAUUGGAAAUAAAAAAGUUUCAGGAAAGAAGUUAACUAUGGACUGGUCAUCAAAUAUUGGUGAAAGUGCAAUAGAUAUAGUUGUUUUCACCAGUGCAAAUGCACCACUAUCAAUAUAUGUUUUAGGUGAACGCUCAUUGUUUUGUCUCAACGAGAAUGGAUCAGUGAGAUUCAUGAAAAAAUUUGAGUAUAAUCCAAGUUGUUUCAUUCCAUAUAAUUCAGUGGUGGAAGGGACAGUAAAUGCUCUGGUUGCAACUUAUAACAAAACACUGAUGAUAUAUCAAGAUGUUACGCUUGCAUGGGCGGCGCAAUUACCUCACAUUCCUGUUUCCCUUAAAGUAGCUUCAUUUCAGGAAUUACAAGGUGUGAUAGUGACACUGGAUGAAGGGGGCUACCUCCAUUGUGCUUAUUUGGGAACUGAUCCCUCUAUGAUGGUGACACCAGCCCCAGAAGCAAGAGACAUCAACUACGAGGAGGCAGAUGUUGAGAUGAAAGAAUUACAAAAAGAAAUAAAAGAGUCUACAAUUAGUUCAGAAAUUUUACCCAAAGCCCAGCAAAGGGAAGACCUUGUUAUUUCUGUAAAUGUACCAACAAGUUUAGAUCAAGUAUCACAAAGCGCAAAAGACGACGGCGAUGACGACACGUUCCCGUCGAUUACAGUAACGAUCACUCUCAAGUCACAAGCACCAAGUCCCCUAGAAAAUGUAGUUCUUAGUGUCAUAUCCAGUCCUCCAAUUAUGUGUAACAGAUCAUCCAUAGUGUUUCCUAUUAUCGGAGACAGAAGUGAACCCGUAUCUGCAGAGAUUUCGUUCUAUUCCCGCGGUGGCUCUGUUCCUUGCUCGUUAAAAGCCCAGGUCACGGCCACUUAUGUAACAAACUCCGAGGCUCCGCGGGUCGCCCAAACAGAUAUUCAUUUCCCAUUAGCUGUUGUGUGUAAAGGAUGUCCGCCGGUGAAAAAUGCUACUCAUAAGCUUACAUUAGAUACUAACAAACCUCCUGUGAAUCUCGCUGAAAUAUUUCCUGAUAUGGUAAAUGAUGCUGUAAUUCCAAUGGCAGCAGUUGGCAUACAGUACUUUGGUGGACCGAUUGUUACAAUCCUCGCUUCAAAAACAUCACAAAGAUACAGAAUCCAGUGUGACGUAUUUCAGGGAAUGUGGCUAGUACUACACGAGGUUUGCAAGCGGUUAGAGGCGCACUUCAAAAAGAACAAGGACACCGUUCAAUUUCGUGCAUCAUUCAUGGGCCCGUUGCCUUUACAAGAAUAUUAUGAACUUAUAGAUGCUCACUUUGAGCAACGCUGUAAUCAAACAAAGUACCGCGAGUUGCUAUCACAGCGGGCUCAACAGUUUCGAGCCAUUCAAAGAAGAUUGUUAACAAGGUUCAAAGACAAGACCCCGGCACCACUUGCGAACCUCGACACUCUUCUUGACGGGACAUACAGACAGCUCCUUGCACUUGGAGAGGCCGAGGAGGAAUGUGAAAGAGCCAUCGAGGCAGCCGCAUAUAACUUAUCAUGCGGAACACGACUUAUUAAUUUCCUUAUCAAGCUAUGGACCAACAUGUCAGAUAAAGAUUUCGAGGUUCUUCAGACUGCGCUUUCUCCCGAAGUUUCUGAAUCACAGGAACAGGGCUGGGAGGAAAUCACAGACGCUGCAAUUACGCACCUAUUGCGGACCUGUUUAGCAAAAAGUGCAAAGGAUCAGGCUGUUGGUGUUUCAGCCAUGAAGAUUCCCAAAGACACAAGCAAGCUGAAGAAACACAUAGCACUGAUGUGUGACAGGCUUAGUAAGGGCGGCAAGCUGGAUUUAUCUCUGUCAUCGCAAACAGGAGAGCCCCUUGUACAACAGCAACAACAGAAAGCAGUCACACCUCUAGAACCGCUCAGCGAGAUGCAGGAGGAAGAAGAUGAGACAGACAGCUCAUACGCAUCUUCCACGUUAGACGGGGACCGUGCGUCCGAGAUCUCCGACACGGAGUCUGUAUCGAGUAGCGAGAAGGUGCCACCUCGGUUACCGCAGCUCAAUCACUCGAGAAAGCCUCUCCCAGAUUUGAACAAGAGAAUGCUGGUUACCCCUGGAUCUGAUGAAGAAAGUAUGGUGCUGAAAGGAAUUGGUGCUGCCUCUUUGGCGAACGGUUUACCCGAAGAUCACGAAAGAGUAUUGUAGUGCAAUCACACCUGACUUUUGGUAGUCACGUAAUCUACAUUUUCUCUCCAUCGGUUGUCACAACAAGUCCACCCCGCGAAAUGUCGCUCAACCUUGUAUGAUACGCACGUGACAAAGCCAUCCGUUGUACAGUUUCUUAGGUUUGUCACACACGGUUAAUAUGACGAAACUCAACGUUAUCAGUUCCUUUAUUUAGAGAUUUGAUGCACAACCAUUAAGAAUAAUUUACAUUCAGAGUCGCAUAUGUUCUUAAAAUAUAACGUACAAUUCUCGUUGAAAACGUCUUUUUGAUAUUCCGUGAUUUUUUUUUUCUUGAUUUUAUUCAUAUCGGCCCAGGUAGCAGAAAACGAGGUGCUUAUUUUUAACAAUGGAAAUGACAUUGGAAAAAGGGAAAUGGACUUAAACAUUUUUAGCAAGAAUUCACAGAGGGAACGUCUUGAGAAAUAGACUUUCAGUCUUUUCAGUCUGUGAAACAUGAAGAUUUUGUGGUCAAGAUUUCUAUCUCGUCUAGAAAUUAAGAGUGAACAUUCCAGUUGUAGAAAACAAAUCUACAAGUCGUUCAAAACUUAACGCCAAGCCAGGCUCGUGUUUUCGUUUACUUUGUUUUAAAACUGCAGCAAUAUUAGGCUACUUAGCGAGAAGCGGAGCCAAUCAAAU